AUGUCGAUCUCCCAUCAGACAUCGGCACUCGAUGGCAAACAUCCUUUGGAGGAUGUCCAGGCCACCAGCAUCGACAGCCCGGCCGGAGACACCAAGGACAAGUCAUCGUCGCUGGCCGAGCCCGACGAUGAGCCUCAAUCCCGGUCGCUCUUUGCCUUCUUCUCAGCCCGCAAGAAGAAGACGAUCGAUCUGGAUGCCGUCGCGACCACGCGGAGCGUCUUCGACGACCCGAACCUGGCCCGUUUCUACCAGCCCCAUGCGGACUACGAGAACUUGCAUCGAUUCGACCCGUCGGAGCGAUGGACCUAUCGCGAGGAGCGAGCCGUGCGGCGCAAGACCGACCUGACAAUUCUCCUCUGGAUCUUCGUCAUGUUCUUCGGACUGAACCUGGAUCGCGGGAACCUGAGCAAUGCCUCGGCGGACAACCUCCUCCCCGACCUCGGCAUCAACACCAACGACUACAACAACGCCCAGAACAUGUAUCGCAUCGGCUUCCUGAUCGCGGAGAUCCCGUCCCAGAUGAUCGGCAAGCGACUGGGGCCCGACCGCUGGAUCCCCGUGCAGAUCAUCCUCUGGAGUCUGGCCUCGGGCGGACAGUUCUUCAUGCACAACCGGGCGGGCUUCUUCGCCUGCCGCUUCUUCAUCGGCCUGUUCAUGGGCGGAUUCAUCCCGGACGCCAUCCUCUACCUGUCGUACUUCUACACGAAGCGGGAGAUGCCGAUCCGCCUGGCGUUCUUCUGGUUCGUCGACUCCAUCUCCGGCGUGAUCGCCUCGUUCAUCGCCUACGGCGUCCUGCACAUGCGCGGCGUCGACGGCCGCGAGGGCUGGCGGUGGCUGUUCCUGAUCGAGGCCCUGAUCAGUAUCGUGAUCGGCUUCCUCAGCUUCCUCUUCCUCGUCCCGGGCCCCACACAGACCCAGACCUGGUGGAACCCGCGCGGGUACUUCACGGAGCGCGAGGAGAAGAUCAUCGUGAACCGGGUGCUGCGCGACGACCCGUCCAAGGGGGACAUGCACAACCGCGAGGCGCUGACGCUGGGGAUGCUGUGGAAGAGUCUGAAGGACUACGACCUGUGGCCGAUCUACGUGAUCGGGAUCCUGUUCGAGAUCCCGACCUCGCCGCCCAAGUCCUACCUCAGCCUGUCGCUCAAGGCGAUCGGCUUCUCGACCUUCCACACCACGCUGCUCGGCAUCCCGGUCACCGUCUUCUCGGCGAUCAAUCUCCUGCUGGUGACGGAGCUCUCCGAGCGCUGGCACCAGAUCUGCUACGUGGGCAUCCUGACCCAGCUCUGGUCGCUGCCGCUGCUCAUCGUGCUGUACCGCAGCGCCAGCGUGCUGUCCCACUGGGGCCUCUACGCCGUCACCUUCGUGCUGCUGGGCUGGCCCUCGCCCCACGCGGCCCAUGUCGGCUGGUGCUCGCGCCUCAGCAACGCCGUGCGCACCCGCGCCGUCAGCGCCGCCCUCUACAACAUCACCAUCCAGCUGUCCGGCAUCGCCUCCUCGAACAUCUAUCGCGACGACGACAAGCCGUACUACCACCGGGGCGACGGCCAGCUCAUCGCCAUCAACGUCGCGACGAUUGCCGUGUACGUGUUGGCGAAGGUGUACUACGCCAAGCGCAACCAGUGGAAGCAGGACAAGUGGGCGGCGAUGACGGACGAGCAGAAGGCGGAUUACCUGGAGAAUACGAAGGACGAGGGAAACAAGCGAUUGGACUUUUUCUUCGAUAGCUAGGGAAGGACUGUGGGAUCCGGAAGUGGUCGGAGGUUGUUUGGGUGGUGUGGUGUGCGUAUUGGGUUUUUUCAGUGGUGGAAGGAGGGUUGGAUUAUUGUAGGAAAUGUACAGGCCAGAGGAAUAAGGCCGAAGAUAGAUGAUUG